GUUCAUCCUGAUGCGGGGAUUUCGCCCGGACUGACUUUGGGAGAUGGGAGUACUUAGCAUUUCAGACCAGGCCCCACUGGUCCAAGCAAUAUUUAGCCGAAAUGCAGACGAAGUUCGGGUGCUUUUGCAGCGGAGAGAAGUAGUCACCGCGCUGGACCCAGAAUGUCGUACUCCGUUACAUGCUGCUGCCUGGCUGGGUGAUGUUCAUAUCAUGGACAUGCUUAUUGCUGCAGGUGCAAAUGUCAAUGCCAAGGACAAAGCCUGGCUAACACCACUACACAGAGCCACUGCCUCCAGGAACGAGAGGGCCGUGCGGCUCCUGCUCCAGAUGGGGGCGGAUGUGAUGGUGAGAGAUAAGCUAUGGCAGACAGCGUUGCAUAUUGCCGCGGCUAACCAGGCUACGCGCUGUGCAGAGGUCCUGUUGGCUCAGAACAGCAGUCUGAACACAGCCGACCGUACGGGCCGAACCGCCCUACACCACGCUGCUCAAUGUGGACACCAGGAGAUGGUGAAAUUGCUGCUGAACAGAGGAGCUACACUUAGUGCCAGUGAUAAGAAGGAGAGACAGCCAAUCCAUUGGGCUGCCUAUCUGGGACAUGUGGAGGUAGUGAAACUGCUGGUGUCUCAGGGCGCAGACAGAAACUGUAAGGACAAGCGAGGUUAUACCCCUCUGCACGUUGCUGCUGCCAGCGGCCACGUGGAGGUGGUGAAAUGCCUGCUGAGGCACGGAGCUGAGAUUGACGAGCUGAAUGCCUUUGGUAACACAGCGCUACAUGUGGCCUGUUACAUGGGGCAGGAAGCUGUGGCCAAUGAGCUGGUGAAUCAUGGGGCCAAUGUCAACCAGCCCAACUACAGAGGCUACACACCACUACACCUGUCUGCUGUCUCCACCAAUGGAGCCCUCUGCUUGGAGCUUCUCGUCAACAACGGAGCUGAUGUCAACAUGCAGAGUAAAGAAGGGAAGAGCCCCCUGCACAUGGCGGCCAUUCACGGACGCUUCACUCGCUCUCAGAUCCUCAUCCAGAAUGGUGCAGAGAUUGAUUGUGUGGACACAUAUGGAAAUACCCCUCUUCAUGUAGCUGGUACAUUUGGUCAUGAACUCCUCAUUAGCACCUUAAUGACAAAUGGGGCUGACACUGCCAGGCAAGGAAUCCAUGGGAUGUUCCCCCUGCACUUAGCUGUGCUCUACGGGUAUUCAGACUGCUGCCGCAAGCUCCUGUCCUCAGGUCAGCUGUAUAGCAUAGUGUUGACUAUGAGGAAAGAGCACGUUCUGUGGGCUGGCUUUGACAUAAACACUCCAGACAAGUUUGGGAGGACAUGUCUACAUGCUGCUGCCUCUGGAGGAAACAUUGAGUGUCUUAACUUGCUCUUAAGCAGUGGAGCUGACAUGGAGAAGAAGGACAAGUUUGGAAGGACUCCGCUGCACUAUGCAGGUGCCAAUGGCUGGUACCAGUGUGUGAUGACUCUGGUUGCGGCAGGGGCAGAGGUCAAUGUGCCAGACUACACUGGCUGUACACCCCUCCACUACUCUGCAGCAUCCACUGUUUUCUGCAGACUGGAUAGAUCAGCUGUCAGCUCUGGCCAGAAUCAGGGAGAAGGGCCCAGUGACUCUUUCAGGUGUGUGGAAUACCUGUUGGAGAGUGGUGCUGACCCGUCUGUGUCUAACUCUAAUGGGUACAGUGCCCUUCACUACGCAGCUGCCCAUGGCAACAGGCAGAUCCUGCAGCUGCUCUUGCAGAUGUGUUUGAACAAAGGGAGAGACCUGGAGAGCCACAGUUCCGUCAGUCCACUGCACUUAGCAGCGGAGGCAGGUCAUUGGGAGUGUGUGUGUGUACUGGCUGAGUCAGGGCUGAAUGUAAAUGUGUGUGACAGCGCGGGUCGUUCGGUUCUGUAUGUGGCAUGCCAGAGGGGUCGUUCCCGCUGUGUGGAACUGCUGCUCCAUCACAGAGCGUCCUGCCUGCUCACCCAACCACACUACAGCUGGAGCCCUCUCCACGUCGCCGCUGCCAGUGGCCAUGCAGACUGUGUGCGGAUUCUGCUACUGAGUGUGGAGAAGGCUGACUUCCUUAACAUGACAGACACACAGGGACAAACUCCUCUGAUGCUGGCGGUGCUGGGAGGACACUCCGAGUGUGUAAAGUUGCUCCUGGAGAGAGGGGCCUUGCCUAACAUCACAGACAGGAAAGGAAGAACCGCUUUACAUAGGGGGGCUGUGAUGGGUCGGGAGGACUGUGUGGCCUUCCUGCUCGCCCAUAAUGCAUCGGCGCUGAUUAGGGACAUCCAUGGGCACACCGCUCUUCACCUGGCAGCCUCCUGUGGUCACACGGCCAUCCUCUCCAAUCUGCUGUGCGGCACUAACAAGCAGGACCAGCAGGACCCUCUGACAGACCUCUGGGGGUACACCCCCACACACUGGGCUGCCUAUCAUGGUCAUGAGGAGUGUUUGGAAGUUGCUCUUGAGUUGAGACCAGGCAGUAUCCAAGAGGGAAAUCUCUUCAGCCCACUGCACUGUGCUCUAAUCAAUGGGCAUAGUGGUUGUGCGGAAUUGCUACUGGCCACAGCCAGCACACCCAUAGUGAAUGUCAGUGACGCCAAAGGAAGAACCCCGCUCCAUGCAGCUGCCUUUGCUGAGAAUGUGACUGGGCUGCAGCUGGUUCUGUGUCACGGAGCGGACAUCAACGCUGUCGACUGCUCAGGGUGCUCCGCGCUCAUGGUUGCAGCCAACAAUGGCCGAAGUGCUGCCGUCGCCGUGCUGCUGCACAGAGCGAAAGCUGACCUGUCUCUACUGGACCAAAACAAGAAUACUGCCCUACACCUGGCCUGCAGCAAGGCUCAUGAGAUGUGCGCCAUGCUGAUCCUGAGAGAGAUUCACAACCCUGUCCUCAUCAACGCAACAAACAGUAUGCUUCAAAUGCCCCUCCACAUCGCAGCUCGUAAUGGUUUGGCCACUGUGGUCCAGGCAUUGCUGAGUCGGGGGGCUACUGUACUGGGUGUAGAUGAAGAAGGCCACACACCUGCACUGGCCUGCGCCUCCAACAAGGCCGUGGCUGACUGUCUGGCCCUCAUUCUCUCCACCAUGAAGCCUUCCUCCUCCUCCUCCUCCUUUUCCUCCUCUCCAAGCCUGAACCUGCUCAAGCACUGUGGCAUCACCGCUGCUCGCCCUCCGAUGCCCGGCGGACGCCUCCGCAAUGGUUACAGCAAAGAUCACCAUGGCACCACUGUUGGCCUGGACGGCUGCCUGACCGAGUGAGCCGUUGGGAUUCCACUCAGAAGCACCAUACACACACACACACACACACACACACAUAUCCGUGUGUGCGUGCGUUCAGUUCAGUCAAUACUUGA